CUCUGCCUCGGAGCCGCGGUGAUCGGGCACCCCGCUGGCGGCGCCUCACAGCCCCGGGGACGCUGAGGAAGACCGUGAAGCGUAACGAGCCGGUGCCGCCCGGCGCCAUCUUGCGUUACGGAAGACAUGCCUGUGGCGGGCGCCAUUUUGCACCUGAGCGAGAGACUCGAGCAGCCUCGUUACGUUGCGCCGCCUGGGCGCCGCCAUUUUAGGUGUCUUCAUAAAAUGCCCGUGGAGAACCCCCUCUUUUUUCGCCCCGCUCCCAAGAUGGCGUCGAUGCGGGAGAGCGACACCGGCCUGUGGCUGCACAACAAGCUGGGCUCCACGGACGAGCUGUGGGCGCCGCCAAGCAUCGCCUCGCUCCUCACGGCGUCCGUCAUCGACAACAUCCGCCUCUGUUUCCACGGCCUCUCCUCGGCCGUCAAGCUUAAGCUGCUGCUGGGGAUGCUGCACCUGCCCCGCCGGGCGGUGGAUGAGAUGAAAGGGGCACUGACUGAAAUUAUCCAGCUCGCUACCUUGGAUUCAGACCCCUGGGUCUUAAUGGUAGCUGAUAUUUUAAAAUCCUUUCCAGAUACUGGCUCCCUUAACCUUGAUCUUGAAGAACAGAACCCCAAUGUUCAAGAUAUUUUAGGAGAGCUUAGAGAAAAAGUAAGUGAAUGUGAAACAUCAGCUAUGUUGCCGUUGGAAUGCCAAUACUUAAACAAAAAUGCCUUGACAACACUGGCUGGGCCACUUACUCCCCCAGUGAAACACUUCCAGCUGAAAAGGAAACCUAAAAGUGCCACUCUCCGAGCUGAACUCUUGCAGAAGUCAACAGAAACUGCACAACAGCUCAAGAAGACUGCAGGAGUGCCUUUUCAUGCCAAAGGCAGGGGACUGGUCAAAAAGAUUGAUACAACAACACCACUCAAAGGAAUACCAAAACAAGCUCCAUUCAGGAGUACUUCAGCACCUAGUGUAUUUAGCCCUUCUGGAAACAGGACUCCUAUUCCUCCUUCACGAACACCUCUGCGCAAAGAAAGAGGAGUAAAGCUUUUAGAUAUCUCUGAGCUGGAUAUGGUAGGUGCUGGCCGUGAAGCAAAGAGAAGAAGAAAGACAUUAGAUACAGAAGUUGUGGAAAAGCAAGCCAAAGAAGAAACAGUAGUAGAAAAUGCUACUCCAGAUUAUGCUGCUGGACUUGUGUCUACACAGAAACUUGGCUCAUUGAACAAUGAGCCAGCACUACCUUCUACAAGUUAUUUACCUGCUACUCCCAGUGUGGUGCCAUCUUCCUCAUAUAUCCCAAGCUCUGAAACACAGCCAGCUGGCUCUGCACGAGAGGCCUUGCAGACUAACAGACAGACUGAAGAGCCUGCAGCUCCAAAUGCUACCACAACUCUUCCUGCGCAAUUCAAACAAAGAACACCCAUGUACAAUAGUAACUCUAAUCCACCUGCAACUACGCCUACCUCACCCCUAACACCUACCACACCUCCUGCCAUUUCCCCUGCAGCACAAGCACCACAAGUGGCCCCUCAAACUCAGCAACAGCCACCACCGAAAAAAAGUCUCUCUCUUACGAGGGAGCAAAUGUAUGCUGCACAGGAAAUGUUCAAGACUGCAAACAAAGUUACAAGGCCAGAGAAGGCUCUUAUACUUGGAUUCAUGGCAGGAUCCAGAGAGAAUCCUUGCCAAGAGCAAGGUGACAUCAUUCAAAUCAAACUCAGUGAGCAUACAGAAGACUUACCAAAGGCAGAUGGCACUGGCAGCACCACUAUGUUGGUUGAUACAGUCUUUGAAAUGAACUAUGCUACUGGUGAAUGGACCAGAUUCAAGAAGUACAAACCUAUAACUAAUGUUUCCUAAGAGAUGCAGCAGCAGCAGACUGGACCAAAUCAAGCUUAGAGUCAACCAGCUCAUAAAGUAUGCUAACUGUACAAAAUGGCAUUCAUGUGUACAUUUCUUAUUACCCUCCAGCAUAGAAGUUGUGGCUCUUUGACCUAACUGGGCUCAGUGAAUGCAGAAGAAGAUGAUGUCAAACUUUUUUUUAAUACAGUAAAAGGAAAGGUGAUCUUAGGGGGAAGUGGUUGGUGGCUUUUUUUUGUUUUCCUACCGUUUGAGAUGCUGGAAAAGGAGAUCACAACUGAAAGAUUACAGGUGGGAGCAGUUUACUUCUGAGUACCACAAGAGAAAACUACUGCACAGUCAUUCAGAGUUUACCAUUUAAACAAGGGCACAGAUCUUUAAUGUAAAAAAAUAUGUUCUUUGGCUACGUGGGUUCCAUUGUAAGAAUGGACACUUAAAGCACCACAGGUCAAUGCUUGGUUAUUUUGUAAUUCGGCUGCAGUAUAACUGAGUAUUGCAGGUGGCAGAUGUCUAGUGGCUAAUGGUACCUGCUGUCUGUCUGUUUAGCCUCUUUAUGCUUGGGUCAUAGGAUGGGAUUGAGCAGCUUUAACUUGCUGUAUUGUCAGUGUCCAUGCCCAGCAUGACUUAGUCUAUAUUUGGCAUUAUUAGAGAUCCUGAGAAUCUGAGUAUCACAACUUUCUGAAAAAAAAAAUAAAUAGCAAAACUAGGCAAAAAAAAAAAGUAGGCGUGGGUUGUUGCUGUGUGGGAGUGAUAGUUCUUUGCCAUGUAAGUCUAAGGGUACAAGUUGGUCUGUGGCUCUUGCAUGGCAAGUCCUCUGAACAGCCUGGGAGGAAACAAAACUAGUACAUCUCAAGACUGAUUGCAGCUGCUUUUUUAAAUGCCCCUCCAAGUUACUGACACAUCUCUGAAUAAGAUGGUUAGCAAAUCAAAACUUGUCUUGAGGCAGUGUUAAUACAUGUUUGGUUGAGCAGUCUUACCAAGCCCUGAUCCAAAAAGCUUUGAAUAUAGCUGUGGUUCUUACCAGUGCAGUUAUCACUAUAAUCACUAAUGUGGCUACAAUUAUACUGGCGUAUAAAUGUGCCUUAUACUUGUCCCCUUCUAGUAGAAGCACAUCUUUAUCUUUAUAACUGUUUUCACACCACUGGUUUAACCUGACUUUAAUUGUGUAAGUAUAGCUUGCAUUUAUUGAGAGGGUUUGUGUACAUAGUUCAAGGUUCAUUGUUUGGAGACUUGUUUUCAUUCUUUGACGGAGACUUGGAUGAAAUGCCUGGUUUCUGCCAGUACUGGUAUGUGGAGCUGUGCUUAGUUGGGAAUGGUGCUUAGAAGGAGAACAUACAACGAGUAGCUUAAUGGCUUUCUAAUGCUGAGAGGGUACCUCGGGCUGGCUUAAAGGUUCCUGUUAAAGUGGAACUCUUAGGACAAAAUGAGGCUUUUCUCUUUUCUAAAAAGACCAAAUCCCAUAAGUACUUGUAUACUAACAGAUGUUUAGGUGAUUGUUUAGAAUAUUUUAUAUUGGGGAAUUUUUAUUGCAUUCUUAUUUUUAGUUUUUCAACCUAUUAUCCAACUGAAUGUGGAAAGCAUAAGUUACAAGAGAACACUGUAAAACAGUAUUUUAAGAUGUGACCAAAUUAUAGAUUUCUUAACUAUAUUUGAGCAAAUACACAGAAUGUUCUAGCUCCUGUAGUUGGCAAGUUAUUUGAUGGUACCUGCUACCAUUAUGGAGUGUUGUGCAUGUUUUAGGGUGAAAGUUAGGUUCCACAUAACUGUCACAUGGGGGGUUCUCCUCCACUUUAUUAGCCCAUUUCAGAAGCAGUGUAGAUUGUGAUUCUGAUUGUUUUUUCUUUAAGCAUCUAGAAACCAGCCUGACAAGUGCGGAUGAGUAGUGGGUUUUAGCUUUUAGGAUGAGUUCAGUAUAAAUGCAUUUUCAUGGCUAUAAUUUAUUUCAUUAUGUUACACAGUAAGGGCUAAGAAUAGAAUAUAAAAGGAUUCAUCUUUUAAAAAGAAAGGUUUAAAGGAAGGUGACAUUCCUUUUCUUGUCUGCAUUCAGAUUUUUAAAGGACUUUUUUUGUGAUGACCAGUUUCCUGUAAAGUAAAUAUGUAUGAUACUUCUGUCUUAACUGUUCCUGCUUGAUAGAUAAGCUGCAAGUACCAAAUACAAUUAAAAAACUUUUAUAAAAUUGGCUGGCUUGAGGGGCAUGUACUGUUAUUAUAAAUUGCUGUUUCAAGACUCUUUGCAGUUUGGUAGUGACAAAGUGCUGCUGUGUGAUGACUCUUUUGGCUUACUUGAGAUUAAUGGAGGUACCUCACUAAACUUUUAGUUCACACAAGUCUGCAUCCCAGACCUGUGGCACUGGGAUGGAGAAAGCUGUCCCUCCCCUCUUCAAGAAGUCCUUCUAGGAUGCACUUGAGUCAUCUGAGUGUGGUAGUGCUAGUUGGAAGCCUACCAUGCUGCUGCCUGUUCUUUGCUGCAUAACAAAGUUGGUCUCCAGGCCUGUUUGUUUGAAGUCAGUCAUGCAAUAAAUGGGAAUUUUAAGUAGAAACAUAGUAUUUUUAAUUCUGUUAGGUCAUUAGGAUGAAGAUGACACUGCAAAAUAACUUAUUUUUUAAAAUGACUUUAUGACCUUCAACACCAUAGCAUUAUUUCAACUUGAUCUGUGAAUCUAGAAAGGUUGUUUUAAAUGCAUAAAGAAAGGGAAGCUUUUGCAAUGUUCUUAGAAUGAUACGGUAAGAAGUAACUACAUGGAGCUCUUCGGUUUGGAAAAUGAAAUCAUUGAACCAGUGGCCUGAAAGUAGUGUGCCAGACAAUUCAGAAAGGGCAACAUCAUUUAAAUUCCAGUAUAAUGGAGUUGUUGCAUACAGUACAAAAUCUGGCCCUGGAACUUGAUAUCUUUUGUCUUAACUAUUCAGUCACUUAGUUGUUAGCUGGGUUCUGUACAAUGAAGCUCAAUGUGUGCUGCAAGACUAAAUAAAAACAUCUGUUGGCUCUAGAAUGAUUUGCUGAUGUACCAACUAAUUAACCAGAGAAGUAGUUCAGAGUCUUAGAGCUGUUUGUGUCUUUCCCCUCAUCCCAAGCAUGAAGCUUUAGGAAAUAGCAAGCCCAGCCUUUAAGUGUUACUGGACCUCAGCAAGGCAGGAUAUCCCAGCUUCUCUUGUCCGUGCUUGUAAAGAAGCACCUACUGGUCCGAUGUGCAAGUCAGGGUACAAUAUGAAUGAAAAUGUGGCUUAUAGCAAUGAAAGUGGCUUGUGUUUAUUUCCUGCCCAAAUUUUUAAUUCUUUGGGGGGUGGGAGGGGAAGAACACAUCUGCAUAUACAGGCUUCUUUGAGAACUUGCCCUACAGCAAAGUCUGGGUUUCUUUAGGCUCCAUUUUUUCUUUCAUGAGUGCCAUGAGGACCAGAAAAAGUGAAAUCCUUUUAAUGAAGGUGAGCCCAAGGAGGAUGCUGAGCAAGAGUCCUGAUUACCGAUUACUGAUUACAGAUGCCUUCUUCCUUCUAGAAAGAACACUCUUCCUGCUCUAGUUCUCUGUAGUUAUCUCCAUACAAAGCUGUCCAGACUUAGUAUGGUUAACACUCUAGUGUUGGGCCAGUAUUCUGUGGGUUAACUUGGUUCCUCUGUGGGUUAACUUGUUUUCUCACUGGUAGCUUUGCCACUUAACCUUUCAGCUAAAUACCAUAGGGUACUGGAAGCAAUGGACAGGAGCCUCUGGUAGUUGCUUGACACCUUUGUGUGAAAUGUUAAUUUGACUAAGUCAUGUCAAAGUGCAGAUUGCUUGUCUAGUUGCAAGGAGCGUGAGACUUUGACAUUAUACAAUUGGAGAGUGAAUCAUAUUUUCAUAGUAUGAUCUGACUGGAAAAAAAAAAGACUAAAAAAUGUUAAGCCAGAGCCCUCUGGGAAUCUGGUGCCUUUAACGAGACGUCAUUUUGUGAAUUGUUACAUCUAUCGCAUAGCCCAUAUGUUUUCUAUUGUUUUUUUGUACAGUUGUAAAUUCAAAAUAUUCUGUCUUUGGGUACGUAUUUUCAGUGUAAUACAGUAUGUAUAAUAAAAAUUUAGAUUUUCUAAGGAAA